CAGGCACACAACACUGUAGCCAUGAGCCACACAGCGGAGGACCUGUUGAUCAUCUAUCAGACUGAAGCAGAGCAAUGGGCAACGUACCUGAAGUCAGCCUUCACCGGUCCCAUCCCAGAGGCUGGCAUCUGCUGCUACAACAUCGCCACGAUGUCCAGUCGACGGGACGACUUCCUCAGGCUCGCCGGUUAUAGCUGCAAAAUCCUGAUCCUCUCCAAAGGCAUGCUGGAAGGCCUCAGCCAGCUGUGGCGCUUCUUCCUGGCCCGCGUGUUGAGCCCCGCUGCUCAGGUGGUGGUGCUGCUGUGUGGCGUGGACAGUCUGACCCCGCUGCUGGAGCUGGUGCCCCUGAAUGGUGACGAGUGCCUGCAGAUCUCCAGCGAACAAGACGCUCAUGAGUACCUAUCCACUGUCACUGAUAUUGUGAGAAAAGGUGUUUCAGCCAGAGCAGCAAACAUCAACCCACUGACACGUAAACCCUUUGGAUCAGUCCAAAGUAUCGGUUGCAGAGCUGUGGUCGUUCCUUCCAGGGUUCCCUGCAGGACCUCUAUGGAAGUGUUCAUCCUUUUGGAAAAUGAGGCUCCUGGCGGCGACACUGAGGUUGAGUUUGCUGGUGAAUAUCAGACGCUGCGAGUGAAGCCUGUCCACUGGAACGACAGAGCCCUGUGUGUCAAUGCACCAGAUUUUCCUGCGGGAAACGUCAGAGUGACCGUGUAUAUCAACGGAGUGCCACUGAGCAAGGCAGAGCUGCAGUACUACAGCAGCAUGGAGGAACUCGCUUGCCUUCUUGCGAGGGUUGCAGACCCUGUCGAUUUCAUGUGUCAGGCUCUUCAGGUGCCGUCUGUGGACAAGCUGGACGACAAGUUGUCCUCCAUGCUGCUGGAGGCGAUGCCCAGUGGAGGCUUCCCUGCACGGCAGUGUGACAACACGCCUGAAAGAGAGCUCCACCACGCGGGUUCGCCAACCUUACUUCACUUUGCCGCCCAGUAUGGACUCAUGGGCGUGUCCAGCCUGCUCCUGCAGUGUCCUGGCGCCGACCGAGCGCUGCAAACGACCAAUCAGCACAUUCAGACUCCGGCCGAGAUUGCAAGGAGUCACGGCCACACAGAGCUGAAGGCCUUACUGAGGAAAACAAUGAAUAUUUCCAACCCCGGCGAGGAAAAUGCAGAUUCCGGUGUGCAGGAAGUGAUGUGCGCUGCAGGGAGUCCUUCCACCGCAGACAUGCAGAAAGAGGAGGGAGGAGAGGAUGAACAGGAGGAGAUGGAGGAUAUCUAUACUUCGCUGGGGAUGAAUGAUGAAUAUGACACCUUCAUGAACCCAAAGAAGGCGGUGGUUAUUGCCAAUCGCCCACCAGCGCCCACUCCGCGCCCAGAGAGCAUCACGGUGGUGGAGGACACAGUCUCAUACAUCACUCAAGUGUUCAAGAAGAAGAAAACGCCACAAGGAAAUGCUGAACUAUAUUCACUUCCAACUAAAGAAGCGCGAGGGCGAGAACCCAGCAUCUCUUCCACCUAUGACAACUUGGUAGAAAUGCAUGGGAUAGAGCAGCUUGCCGGGCUCAAGCAGAGGGUGAAGGCCGGUUCGCUCACUGUGGACGAGGCUCUGGAGCGUUUCAGUGACUGGCAGAGGGCUCAGAAGGGCAUGGACGCCGACCAGAAAGAGAAGUUGACUCAGCUGAGAGACGUUAUGAUAAAAAGCAGCGAGGACGAUGACAGUGUCUAUGAUCAAAUCCACAUCGUUCAUCACGCUCCAAGUAAUACGCAGAAGGAGAAUCGCAGAGCAAGCGUACCGCUGGAGUCUGGGGUUUACAGCAAGCCGCUCAAACAGCACCAUUCACAUUUCUUUCGGAGACCCAACAAGCGGUGAAGGCUCCAUCGCUCCACAAAGAUUCAGAUCUUCCAAUGAUUAUACUGAUUUAAUCUGAAUACACUACUUGUUCAGCUGUCUCGUUCAAAAUAUAUAUGGAUGUUAAUUCUCCGAUAAAGUAGAAAAAUGUGCAUUUCCCUAUCAUUCUUAGUUUAAUCAUAUUUGACAAUUGUGAGUCAGGUUAAUUAUGAUCUAUGAUCUUGCUUUUGAUUAAUUUGAUCCAACUAUUUUUAACACCAUUGUCUUUAUGUAUUUUACUUUAUUUAAUUUGUUUUACAUCUUUUUAUACCAUUUGUUAGUUUUAUGAUUGUUUUCAUCCCAAGUCUUUGUUUUCUAACAUGUUCUUACGGAUCUAUCUUAUUUCCUGUCUUUCAAUUUAUUGUAAAGCCCUUUGAAAGGUGCUUUAUAAAUAAAAUGUAUAAUUAUUAUUAAAUGAAUUAUUUGUUUAACUUGAACGAGAAGAAAAAAUACAUGCUUAAUAAAAAGGAAUUAACGAUGUG